AUGACAGACAGUCGACGGACAGGCAGCCGGACAGCCAGACAUGCGAACAGAAGAGAGAGUGUUUGGCUUUCCAUUCAGCUCGUAAACAGUAACAAAUCAAAUUGGCGACAGACAGGAACAGCCGAGGCGGAUGUUAAGUGUGAAGCAGACAACUGCAGCAUAACAAGCAACAACCACAUCAGCAGCAGCAGCAGAUACCAUAGCACUUACGGUAUUGGUAGCAGUAGCAGUAGCAGUAGCAGCAGCAGCAGUAGCAGUAGCAGUAGCAGCAGCAGCAGCAGCAGCAGCAGCAGCAGCAGCAGUUGCAACAGCUGCAACCACAACAAACCCAACAGCAGCCGAAUGGACUUCACCUCCGUUUGA